AUGCUGAAAUAUCUGAAGUCGACGGUUUGUGCUGUCGCGGGGCUUGCUCUGGGGGCCACGGCCGCCCUUGCCAAUCCCUAUGAGGAGUUUGCCAGUGAGACGCUGGUCGUCAAUUUCCCGGCGCAUCCGCAUUUCGAUGCGGUCAUGAAAGUCCUGCCGGAGUUCACCAAGGAAACCGGUAUCCGGGUUGAGGUUGAUCAGCUUCAGUAUCUCAAGAUGCGCGAGCGUCAGACCCUCGAACUGACCAAGAACCGUGGCGAUUAUGACCUGAUUGCCUAUGUGGUCUUUUCCAAGGCGGAUUACGUCUACGCCGACCAGCUGGAAAAUCUCGCUCGGUUUUUCAUGAACCCGAAGCUGGCCGAUCCGAACUAUGAGGCCGAAGACCUGAUCGACGGAUAUGUCGCCAAUAUCGGCGUUGCCGGAGGCAAGAAAGGGUAUCUGCCAGGACCAACCGGCUCGCUUUUCGGAUUGCCGUUCGGAUCCGAGACAUCCAUCCUGGGAUACCGCAAGGAUAUCUUCGACAAGCACGACCUGAAGGUCCCGGAGACCUAUGACGAACUGCUUGAACUGGUUUGCCUGAUCCCCGAACUCGAGCCUGGAAUGGGUGGUCUGGCGUCUCGUGCUGCAUCGGGCCAUCACGCCAGCCAUGCGUUUCUCCUUCAUCUUGCACCUCUCGGGGGCCGGAUAUUCGACGAUGAGUGGAAACCGAUCGUCAACAACGAAGCCGGUGUCGAAGCUGCCGAAGCGCUCAAGAAAAUCGUGAAUUGCGGUGCGGAAGGUUCCAAGACCUUCGGCUUCGCGGAAGCCGGUGCAUCCUUCCUGCAGGGCAAUUCCGCGAUGUUCCUCGACUCCACGGUCUUUGCUGGCCAGGUCAACAAUCCUGACAAGUCCAAGGUGGUUGGUCUCGUCGAGUGGGCGCCGCAUCCGGUUGGUGAACGGGCAGGCUCCCAGACGGGUGGCUUCGGCAUCGGUAUUCCGAAGAACGCCCAGAACAAGGAUGCAGCCUUCCUGCUGAUGCAGUGGCUGACGUCGAAAAAAGCAGACAAACUGAUCGCCAUGGUUGGCGGAAACCCGUCAAGGUAUUCCACCCAUGCCGAUGCCGAUGUGAAUGAAAAGUUCCCGCAUAUGGCAACUUUCGGUGAAGCCCUGAAGAAUGCUGACCCCGACUGGCGUCCGAUCAUCCCGGUCUGGGGCAAGAUCAAUGCGGAUCUGGGAACCACCUUGUCCAAGAUCAUCGUUGAGGACGCGCCGGUUCAAGAGUCCUUGAACGGUGUCGCCGAGCGCACCCAGGCGAUCAUGGACGAUGCCGGGUACUACACCUGGACCCAGUAA